GAGCUCUAUGACAACAUCAGGGCUCCUCGAGUGGGAGUUCUCGUUGCCGUCGGACCAGAUAAUAUCGCACGGGUGGUACCACGGCGCGCUGAGCCGAGCGGCGGCCGAGAGCCUGCUGCAGCAGGACCGCGAGUUCCUGGUGCGCGACUCCUCGUCGCAGCCCGACAACUACGUGCUCAGCUGCCGCUCCAACGGUCAGCAUUUACACUUCGUCAUCCAACGGAUUGUUGUACACCCAGAAACUGUGUACGAGAGAUACCAAUACCAAUUUGAAGACGAAGCAUAUGAUACCGUUGCUGAUUUGAUUACGUCUUACGUGGGUUCUGGAAAGCCUAUAUCUGCAGCGUCAGGCGCGAGGAUACAGUACCCGGCUAACAGAAUUGUACCUUUGACUAACUAUAUACCUAAUGAUGACGCCAACUCAGUUGUGUCCCCUGUGGGUGACGGAUCCGGCUAUGGAAACCCGUACAGCCUAUACAGCCAUUUCGCUUCCAAACCUGGUAUGCAAUUACGUGCACCUUUCAAAAAGCAACGUUCCCAUUCGCUGACGCCUAUUGACAUGAGUCAGCAUGCGAAUCAAGCGAAGAGCGCCAGUGCAGAUGGGGUAAUUCAAAGUCAAACAAUGAAACAUGUCAAAAAUUUCCCGAGUGAAUCCAAUUCCUGUUCAGGCACCUGGGAUGUGAAUCUCCCUAUCAGCCCUCCAGCCAAACCGGCUAGAUACGAUGGUCCCAAAUCGGACGAUAGACGAUUGGAAUUACAAAGACUGUACCACGUGUCAGGAUCAGACUCGGGAAAUGGCUCCGGGGACUCGACUCAAAGCUCAGCCCAUAGCGAUCCGAACAAGUCGAGGAUGGACUCGGAUUACAAUGUAGUAACUCCAACAAUAAAACAGCAGUUCGACUACGAGCUGACGGAAGCACGGCUGUUGCAAUCCGAGAAUUUAGACUAUACCGUGGAUUCCCGAAUUAACCUUGAGAAUUUCCAGUCACAAAUAAUAUUAUCAGGGCUCUCAAAACCGCUGGAAUCUGAGACUUUGCACACAAUCAAGCUCUUAUUACGAACGUCAGGGCCUCGCAUACUGGCGAAUCAUAUGACAAAAGUGGACCUACACUUUUUGCUCGAUGAUGCGAUACAGAUCGAGGGUCUAGAGAAAACGGCAUCUGGCUUAGAAUUAUGUUUUCUACCUCAAGGAAGAUCAUUGCGUUUGGAUGUUAUUGAAAGAAUUGAAACCUUUCGGCUUCUGAUAGCAGUGACGAUAUUGACUUGCCAAACGGACAGGCAAAGAGCCGAUACUAUCAACGAUUGGAUACUUCUCGCCGUCGAAACAAAAACUGCACUCGGGAAUCUUUACGGAUUUUCGGCCAUAAUGUUCGGACUGUGUAUGCCGCAGGUGGAGUGCUUAGAAAACGCAUGGAAUAUUUUACGGCGUGUUUACACAGACAAUGCCUUCAUGUUCGAAGCAAAGCUGCGUCCUUGUUUUAAAAGUAUGAACGAGGGCACAAACCCUCUGCCACCGAACACGACCACUCCGCACAUUCUGCCGGCGGUGCUAUGUUUUCAUUUAUUCGGUAAGAAUAACAUUAGAAUCAAUAUCAAUAUUCAACCCGUGCUUAUGCUUGAAGCGAAGACUUACACAGCUUUGCUUACAGAUGGUGAGGGAGGCGGCCUGAUGCAACCAGACGAGUCAUUUCCGACGAGUCUUAUGAACAUCCUCGCUUUCGACUUCAACGCGACUGCAGCGCACCUAGAGUCCGCGCGCUACUUUCCGGACCAAGUGGACAUGUUCAAGAGGAACGCUAGGACCGUGGUGCAGGAGAUGUCUUCCCUGGGGCCCACCUUGGAUCCCACCCUACUAGAAUUGUUCAAAACUGAAUUCCACAUUAAUUUUCUUUGGGGCGAACGCGGGGCAUUAACUACUCCUAACCAGAGGUUUGCGCGGUUAACAGAUAUAUUAACGGCGAUGGCUAAUAAACUAGCUAACCAGCCGCCAGAGUUUGAAGGGGAUGUAUAAGCAGCGACAGAGUGUAGACACAUUUUGUGUGAUCAGUGAUCAAAGGAACAUUAAUACUCUAUACCAUAUCAUCUCAUUAUUUUAGGUACAUAAACAUAUACAAUAUACAUAUGUAUUUGCAUUUAGUUAGUUCUACAUAUUACAACCCCUUGUUUAAAAAACCAAAACAACAACUAUGUAGUUGCAUAAUGUAUAUUUAUGUAGUUCAAAAAAGUUAGAUAUUAGGUAUCUCCAUGUAAGUAUUAAGGGCUAGGUUACACAGGC